AUGCCCGAGUUACUGCAUGACUCCCUCCCAGCUCUGGCCGUGGUAGGCCUGUCGCUGAAAUUCCCGGAAGAUGCUGUGUCCCCCGAUGCAUUCUGGAAUAUGAUCAUCGAGGGGAGAUGCGCAUCGAAGGAGGUUCCAGCAGACCGUUUCAAUAUCGAUGCCCAUUACCACCCCGACCCAAACCGCCUUGCCUCGGUGUCUAAUCGCGGAGGCCACUUCCUCACCGAAGACUCCAGCCUCUUUGAUGCCCCCUUCUUCUCCAUCACGGCUGCGGAGGCUGCCGCGAUGGAUCCGCAGCAACGGCUGACCCUGGAAACUUCUUACCGCGCUGUAGAAAGCGCGGGGUUGACCAUGGAACAGCUGUCCCGCUCGAAGACCUGCGUCUUCACCGGCGCAUCUGCGUAUGAUUACCAGACGAUGAUGACUAGGGAUACGUUGGACGGCCCUAAAUUUGGUGCCACCGGAACAUGCGCUAACAUGCUUUCGAAUCGCGUGAGCUGGUUCUUUAACCUUCUUGGUCCCAGUGGCACCAUCGACACGGCCUGCUCAAGCAGCUUGGUGGCCAUUGACCUUGCAUGCAAAAGUGCGCAUUCCUUCGAACAAAAAUUGUAUUGA